GCCUGGCCUUGAAAACGUAUCAGACACGCAAACAAACAGCACACAUAGGGCGGGUCGAAAAAUACCGAAUGCGAAUACUCGAAGCAUACUAAGCAUAGUAGUAGACGCGGUCAGACUUGUCUGAUAGGAUAAACUGUCCUACUAUAAAUAGUUUCAGACACAUCUCAGACGCAUUAUUCGGGUGACCUCGCGGUAGCAGUACUUAAUAAUUUUGGCUUUAAAAUUUAACAAGAUCUCACUCGUCGCUAUUUCCUGGCCUUAAAGACGAAGCUUUAAUUGUUAUGGGGCUGGAGGAGUUCAUUAUCAUCUUUGAAAAUGCACAUGGGGUUUUCUACUCAGGCCAAAAUGUGAGUGGCAAACUGGUCGUUCGCUGCAAUGCGACCAAAAAUAUAAGAGGAAUCUACAUCAAAAUCAAAGGUGAGGCAUCGGUGCACUGGUCAGAGACUCACAAUAAACAAACUAGACACUAUAGAAGCAAUGAAACAUAUUUUGCGAUCAAGUCCGUUGCUCUUGAAACAGUGGUUUGAAUUAGGAAAUGAACAGACUCUUACCCCUGGAGAACACAUCUUUCCCUUCAGCUAUGAUCUGCCCGAUGAUUUGCCUUCGUCCUUUGAGGGCGACUUUGGUCACAUCCGCUACACCGUGAGAGGCGUGAUUGACAGACCGUGGAAGUUCGACCACGAAACAAUUGCAGCUUUUACCGUGAUCAGCCCCCUCGAUUUGAAUCAAGUGGCAAGAGCAACUGAACCGAUCAGGCAACGAGGGUCAAAGACAUUUUGCUGCCUGUGCUGCACCUCAGGAAAUCUUGAUGUUGUUAUUUCGCUUCCCACUCGCGUUGCUGUUCCAGGAGACACACUCUGGCCCGCAUUGGAGGUCGAAAACAACUCCAGAGUUUCCAUCAAUUCAAUUUCACUGAAGCUCAGAAAGCGCGUGGUUUUCAAAGCCGGCGGUAAAGAGAGAAUUCAAAUGAAGACCAUCGCCAAAAAAUUUCUUGAACCUGUCGCAUCAGGAGAGUGUCGAACCUUUGAGCGAGGAGCUUUAAAAGUUCCCUCUAUUCCACCGUCCAACCUAAAGCAUUGUCUGAUCAUUGAUUUGGAUUAUUUCUUGGAAGCAAAGUUCAAGACACCUUGUUUCACCCGCAACUUUGUUGCGAGCGUUCCAAUUGUGGUUGGCACAAUUCCUCUUCAGCAAAAUUUCACCCAGUACGCACAAAGCGCGCACAAUCCAUCUAUUACUGGCUGGAAUGCAAUUCCGUCUGCUCCAUCCUUUGAGGAACCCCCAACUUAUCCAGACCUGCCGCCACCAACUUACGAAGAAUCGGUUUUUGGAACUGGCAAUGUUGCCGAGGCAGGAGACAACCAGUAUAUUGGUGGACACAAAAACUUCGCGCCCAUGUAUCCUGUUUACAAUGCUUUUUAAACUCGAGUGCUUAUUGUCUCUGUUUCCAACUUGUUGUCAUGAGAAAUAUUUUGAUAUUAACUAUAAUACUUGUUCAAUGUGCAGCGGAGCUGUUUUAAAAUCCAUAUUUAGAACAUAUACAUGCUUAUUAUUGUAAGCCUUUUAUUUUAUAUUUCUAUAGAAUAUGCAAUUAUUGACAAACGGCUUACGCUUCUGCCUUUCUGCCACUAUUGUGACAAAUAUAUUGAGGUUUAUGUAUUUCCUCAUAUAUAUUUAAAAUUAAUGAAAUGUUGAUAUUUAAUCAUGCACACCAAGAUUUACUGCUGGUACUAUAUUAUAUACAUCCGUCUGAUAAACGUUGUAAACUAAACUAAAUGACAAACAAACUUUAAAUGAAUGAUGAACACGCAAAAUGGGCUUAGAUAUAAAAGAAAAAAAGUAGCCCCAUGAAAAAUUAUAGAAAAAAUUGAAUUAUGCGUGAAAAUAAAUUGAAUGUUGGAUUAAAA